GGUAAGCUCAUUCCUAUCGGAGGGGUAUCAGAGGGCAUUGUUUGCCCCGGCAGCAGCUGUAAAGGAUAUCUUUGGGUGCAGUCACUCUAGAUAGUUGAUUGACUGCCGAGAUCCGUUUACGGCGGGAUCGCUGACCGUCGCUGUGUGUUUUCGUGGAUGAGUGUGGUGGGCGCGCUGGGAGCAGACGUCCCUGUGCGGGGGGCGGCCGAGCGCGGGGCACAGAAACACCACGAUGGCGGCCAUGGAUCGGGAGAUGAUUCUCGCCGACUUCCAGGCAUGCACUGGAAUUGAAAAUAUUGAUGAAGCUAUUACAUUGCUUGAGCAAAAUAAUUGGGAUUUAGUGGCAGCUAUUAAUGGCAUAAUUCCACAAGAGAAUGGCAUUUUACAAAAUGAGUUUGUUAGUGGUGAGACGUCACAGGAUCCAACGUAUGGAUCUACUGGUCAGUCCUCUUCCUCUUCCAGUUCCUCGACCUUCUGCCCAAAAACAUCAUCUAGACCAAUUGUGGAAAGGCAACCAAGAAUGCUGAACUUUAGAGUGGAAUACCGUGACAGAAAUGUGGAGGUGGUAGUUGAAGAUACCAGUACAGUUGGUGCUAUCAAGCAAAUUUUAGAAAAUGAGCUGCAGAUUCCUGUACCACAAAUGCUGUUAAAAGGUUGGAAGUCAGCAGAUGUAAAUGACAGUACUGUUCUGAGGUCUCUGCACUUACCUAAGAAUAAUAGCCUUUAUGUUCUCACACCUGACAUAGCUCAACCAGGAUUAGAUGGACCAGCAGCAAGUCAGUCAAGUGCCCUACAGGAAUCAUUAAAUGAAAACUUCAUGCUGAUCAUUACGCAUCGAGAAGCCCAACGGGAUUAUAGCCUAAACUUUCCGGGCACCAGAACUGUGCAAGAGGUAAAGUGUAACAUAUUUGACCUCACAAACAUUCACGUCCGCCAUCAGGUAUGGGAAGGUUGGCCUGCUGCUGCCGAGGAUGAUUCAAUUACUUUAGCCGCUGCUGGACUCAAUUAUCCCUGCCAUCGACUAACAGUUAGUAAAAGGCCGUCACCUACACAAACCCGAGAGCAGUCCGAAGAGUGCACUGAUGUUCACAUGGUCAGCGACAGUGAAGGAGAUGAUUUUGAAGAUGCUACUGAGUUUGGAGUUGACGAUGGUGAACUUUUUGGCAUGAUUUCUUCUGGAUCAAAAAAAUCCCCAAUGAUGCCUGAUGACGCUGAAAAUGAGGGAGAUGCCUUAUUACAAUUUACUGCAGAAUUUUCUUCAAGAUAUGGUGAUUGCCAUCCUGUAUUCUUUAUUGGAUCACUUGAGGCUGCCUUUCAAGAAGCAUUCUAUGGAAAAGCCAGAGAUAGAAAGCUACUCGCCAUCUACCUCCAUCAUGAUGACAGUGUUCUUACAAACGUAUUCUGUUCCCAACUACUGUGUGCUGAAUCUAUUGUCUCCUACCUCAGUCAAAAUUUUAUCACUUGGGCAUGGGACGUGACACGAGAAGCUAACAGAGCAAGGAUUCUGAGCAUGUGCACAAGGCAUUUUGGAAGUGUUGUGGCGCAGACAAUUCGAACAUAUAAAACAGAUCAAUUUCCACUUCUACUUAUUAUAAUGGGAAAAAGAUCAUCAAAUGAAGUUUUGAAUGUGAUUCAAGGUAACACAACAGUAGAUGAUUUAAUGAUGCGGCUGAUGAAUGCCACGGAGAUCUUUGCAGCUCAACAACAAGAGGAUAUAAGGGAUGAGGAUGAACGUGAAGCAAGAGAAAAAGUAAAACGAGAGCAAGAUGAAGCAUACAGAGUUUCUCUGGAAGCAGAUCGAGCUAAGAGAGAAGCACAAGAAAGAGAAAUAGCAGAGCAGGUGCGUCAAGAACAGAUUCGAAAAGAACAAGAGGAAGAACGAGAGGCUAUUCGAUUGUCCCUCGAGCAGUCAUUACCUCCAGAGCCAAGAGAGGAGAGCAAUGAACUUGUCAGUAAGCUGCGUAUCAGAACACCACGGGGGGAAUUCUUUGAACGACGUUUCUUAGCAAGCAACAAACUGCAAGUUGUCUUUGAUUUUGUGGCUUCCAAAGGCUUCCCAAAAGAUGAAUAUAAACUGCUAAGCACCUUCCCCAGAAGAGAUGUAUCUCAGUUUGACCCAACUGAAACAUUGCUGGAGGUGAAACUGUAUCCUCAGGAAACUCUCUUCCUGGAAGCAAAGGAAUGAAUUCAUCCAUGGGACUCUGGCUUCCGAGAUAGUUGAUAAAAGCUCAGCAUAAGUCUGAAAGCUGCAAGAUCCACUUUUUGUUUUGUCCAGCUACAUGCCACAACUAUCUGCCUCUUUUAAAAGCCCAAAAUCAACAUCAUCAUUGUAAAAUGCCUGUAUGCUGCCAACCUCACAAGAAAUGUAGAUGUUUACAAAGAUAUAUAGGAGGAAAGCAAUCUGUGACGAACACUGACUUACAACCUUCACAAUAUUCUGGCCUAUGUUUAUUCAUCAAUGCACUAUUCAAAAGUGAAGUGAAAUAUAUUAGUUAGAAUUGGUUUCUCUGUACCCAUUCAACUACAAAAUCUGUAAUUCAACCAGUUUUUGGAACAAGUGCUAUGAUUUGAAAUUCUGUAUUUGUUUUAAUUCAAUACAUACUUGAGACAAUGCUCAUAAAUGUGCACAAUUCCAUG